CCCCGACAUCAAAGGGAGGGCGUGGAAUGUUUUGAGAGUUCCUGCGUUCCGAAGAUACUUUCUCUCCCCCCGCGUCACUUUUUAGUCCUCUGGUCUUCUCCGCCGCGGAGCUCGGAGAGCUCGCGAAUCCGGAGGGGAAAGGAAGAAACAAACAAACAAACAAACAAAACCCCACAGGGAUUUUUGAUCGUGCAUCUCUAUUGGGAAUCUACUCGGAAAGGGUCUGGUUUCCAACCGGGUCCAGUCCAGUCCGUGGAUCUCUUUCUUAGAACUUGGAGUACUCAGGGUUGCAACGACCCGCUUAACGCUUCUCGGCUCCCAGCGGAUUAGAGAGAGAGGCGAUCUUUGAACUGGCCCUUUGGGAUCUCAGGGAUCGAGAGAGAGAGAGAGAGAGAGCGGCCGAGGCCGUCUCGGGUUUGGAUCCGAGCCAAGGAAGUCACAAGAAGGUGACUUCUCAAAAUGGUAGAUUACCUGGCUAAUACCGAGAUCAACAGUCAACGGAUUGCCGCAGUAGAAAACUGCUUUGGGACUUCCGGCCAGCCCUUAGCUGUGUCAGGAAGGGUCCUUUUGGGCGAAGGGAUUUUGACCAAAGAAUGCCGUAAGAAAGCCAAGCCCCGAAUUUUCUUCCUUUUCAACGACAUCCUGGUGUACGGCAGCAUUGUGAUCAACAAACGGAAAUACAGCUGCCAACACAUCAUCCCCUUGGAUGAAGUCACUCUGGAGAUUCUGCCGGACACCUUGCAAAUGAAGAACCGAUGGAUGAUCAAGACCUCCAAGAAGUCCUUUGUGGUUUCGGCAGCCUCGCUGACCGAGCGCAAAGAGUGGGUCAGUCACCUGGAAGAAUGCAUUCGACACCUUUUGUCCAAAACGGGACAACAGCCCCCGACGGAAUACGCAGCUCCCUGGAUUCCAGAUAAGGCAACGGAUAUCUGUAUGCGUUGCACCCAUACAAAGUUCUCGGCGCUCAUCCGAAGACACCACUGUCGAAAGUGUGGCUUCGUGGUGUGCGGAGACUGUUCCCGCCAGCGGUUUCUCAUGCCUCGGCUGUCCUCCAAACCAUUGAGGGUUUGCAAUCUUUGCUACAAGCAGCUGAUGGCUAAAAAGAAGGAAUCUGGAGAUGAAACAAAGCCAGUUCAUUCUCCCGUGGCUGGCUAUGAAGUUUCUAGCGGAGACGAGAGUGACAGAUCUGAUGAAGAUAAACUGGAACAGUGGCCAGCCGAGACAGAAUUUUACACGUCGGAUAUGAGCUGGUCAUCUUUCCACAGUUGAUUGCUCCAUGGGACUUCUCCUCUUGAAAUGGCUGUCGUACUUUUGAAAACGAUGGAGAAGGCUGGACUGGCAAGAGAACUAACUUCAUACUCCACUCCAUCUGUUUUUUUGUUUUAGGAAUAACAGAGAAGAACUAUCCUCAAAGCCAAUUUGUAAACUUUUGACUGGGCCCUCUAAGGUUGAGUUGUUCCUCUUGAAGCUCCAAAUUGGAUUAAAAUUAUAUUGUGUAUUUUCCGGAAAUGUUGGUCCUCUGUAUUUAAUUUUGAAGAUGGUCAGCAUCCAUACUCAUCAAAUGUUGAAUUUCCAUCUUGGGAAAUUCAACAGAAGUGUAUGUAAAAAUAUCCCCGAGUUGUGUCUCUUUAAGAAACCCAGUUUUUUUUUUAAUAAAUCCAAAACAUGAGUUCUGGUGAUUCAGAAAUCAAAAGAAUGAUUUCUAGAAGACCCCUGAAAAUUGAGGAUACUUUUUAUGAAGCACUAAGUGGAGGUUAUUUGAUGAAAUUUACAAUAGUAUUACAUUUCAAAAACAGCUGUUUAAUUUUUUAAAAUCAACUUGAAAUCAAAAAUUAAAAACUGACAUUGCUUUGGAUGCUUACUUUAGUUGAAUU